UAUUUUAAAAUAUUUUUUUCCUGAAUGAAUGAAUCAGUUUUAUUUUGAAAGUCUGAGUUCCUGUUGUGUGCAGCUGGGAGUCAUGACGUACGGAGACGUCUCCAAGCAAAGCCCCGAGACUCAGGCCGCCAUCGAGCAGGAAGUGAGAGCGUUACUGAAGGACUCGUACGAACGCGCCAGAAACCUCCUGAAGACCUACAGCAAGGAGCACAAGACGCUGGCGGACGCUCUGCUGAGAUACGAGACUCUGGAUGCCAAAGAGAUCCAGAUGGUUCUGGAGGGGAAAUCUCUGGACCACUGACCCCCCGCAGACGUCGGGCUGUAAAUAUGACACUGUGCAGCGGGGGGGCCUUCCGUUCGCUUUUUAUUUCUCUCAAUGUGAAAUGGUGGCUCCGCCUCCUCAUCAGCUUUUCUUUUUGUUUUUUUUGAGGCACUUUAGAUUAAGUUCUUCAUCAUCGACUUUUGUCUUUCUCUUUCAAUCAGCUGUUGUCUUCUUAUUUAUUAAAGUGCCCAAAGGUGUGUCCUCUGUUUCCUGAAGUACUGAUGCAUCCUCUCAGAGCAGCUGGGACUCGAGGAGGAGAAGCGUGUAAAUAUGAACAAACUCAUGGAAUCGACUCGGUGCUUCUGUUACUUGACUCGAAGGCCGCUCAGGCGCAAAUAAAGACAAGUGGUCAAAAAAGAGAAA